AUGUCGCUUCCCUGCACGAACAGUCUUCUCUCACGGGUGACAAGCAUCGAGAAGGCGGCUGAAGUGGCCAAAAAGGCCGCACCCAAAGUCGUGGAGCUGUCGGAGGAGGCGAAGACACUGCCACCUCAUGUCCGGGGCGUUACAGAUCCGGGAAAGCUCAACGCGCAAACGCCUUUUUUCAAAUGCCCGCCAUGGGCUGGGCUACCCGCCGUCGCAUGUCAUCUGCAAUGCUCUCGUGAUGGGGUCCCAUUGCCAUCGUUUGGGCUCGAACGAUUUCCCUUUUACUUGUUUGGCCGAAGCCGUGUGUGUGACUACGUUCUUGAACAUCCUUCGAUCAGCAGCAUUCAUGCUGUUUUGGUUUUUCACGGUGAUCAGCAGUGUUUUGUAUUGAUGGACUUGGGCUCAACGAACGGCACCAAGCUGAAUGGCUCCCGCAUUGAAAAAAAACGGCCUCUUCCCGUUCCUAUUGGUAGUUGCAUUCAGUUUGGUUUCAGUACUCGCAUGUAUAAACUUUCUCGGGGUCCACCUCCCUCAUCGAAACGUUUGCGGGAAGAGCGAGGGGAAAAAGCAGUUGUGGAGGAGAAGGCAGGGAAUAUGCGUUCUGGUAAUGUUGAUGUUAAGAGCCGCCAUGUAGGGGAUGUUGCCAGCUCGAGCACUCCCAUCGCGGCUAAAACUGCGGAUGAGACGCAGGGGGACGAGGCGUUUGUCGCGGGAACGGAAAACCAUCAACGCGAGGUGAAUGUUGCAAAGUGGGAAAAUGGUGUUUCUGCUGUGGUUGCCACCCCUUAUCCUUCUCAUUCUUCUUCUUCUUCUUUGGCGGUGACUGCGACAGCGAUGGAUGUUACAAAGCAACCCAGCACGGUUGCGGCUUCUGACUCUCUUCUUCCCGUGACACCACCGCCGCCCGUGAAGCGGCAUCUGUAUCAGGUGCUUAUCAAGCACAAGGAUGUGCGUCGUCCUGUUUCUCUUGCUCCGCGUAACAAGGGCGAUAAAAUUACGCGGUCAAAAUUGGAUGCGUUAACAUUGGCAGAGGCCAUUCGUGCACGUCAUGGCGACCAGACAUCGGUGUGGUCACUCGAUGAAUUUACUGCGGUGGUCCGUGAGUACAGUGAGUGUGGUUCUGCAAAACGAGAUGGGGAUUUGGGCAUGGUGGAGAGCGGCACUUACACAGAUAAAUUUGACGCUGCGGCAUUUUCGCUUGGUUGUGGUAUGGUGAGUGCGCCGGUGGAGACAGAACUCGGUGUGCAUCUUAUUUACCGCGCGGAGUAG